AUGGAAUCGAAAUCCGACCCGGAAGCUGUCGCGUCGGGCGCGCCCGAUGCAAUCGCAGAUCCCGACGAUGUGCAGCUGCUUGCUCGUAUGGGAUACAAGCAGGAGCUACGUCGCCAGUAUUCCACAUCUCAGAUAUUUGCCGUCGCGUUCAGCAUUAUGGGCCUUGUGCCCUCGAUCGCGUCAACGCUUUCCUUCUCUCUGCCUGCGGGCCCGGUUGGGAUGGUUUGGGGAUGGUUUACCGCGGGGACGUUUAUCGUGAUGGUUGCGCUGGCAAUGGCUGAUCUCGCGUCUGCCAUGCCCACUGCUGGAGGCCUUUAUUGGUGGACCCAUUACCUCGCUGGUGAUAAAUGGAAGAGACCGCUGAGCUUCUUGGUCGGGUAUAGCAAUACCCUGGGUUUACUUGGUGGCGUUUGCUCGGUGGACUACACACUUGCGCUCAUGAUUUUGUCCUGUGUUUCUAUAUCACGACUGGACGAUUGGUCUGCUUCAAAUGGCGUGCUUUAUGCCGUUUUUGUCGGGUUGAUAUGCUUGCACGGGCUCUGUACUUCGAUGGGAGGCCGCAUGAUGCCUGCAAUCCAGAGUCUUUCGCUCUACCUCAACGUUGCACUAAUGAUUGCGACGGUGAUUGCCCUACCGGUUGGGAAGCUGGCCCGAGGCGGGUCGCUCAACUCCGGUCAUUUCGUGUACGGUCACGUCGACAAUGAGACAACUUGGCCGACAGGAUGGGUUUUCAUGCUAGCCUGGCUCGCUCCGAUCUGGUCAAUCGCAUCAUUUGACUCAUGCGUGCAUAUGAGUGAAGAGGCCCUGCACGCAGCUCGAUCUGUUCCUAUUGGAAUCAUUGGGACAGCCAGCUCGGCAUUCAUAUUAGGAUUUGUCGUGUUGUCUGUCAUUGUUGCAACGAUGGAUCCUGAUGUCAACAACACCAUCAACUCGCAGUUUGGCCAGCCUAUGGCUCAAAUUUACUAUGAUGCACUGGGUAGAGAAGGCGCUUUGGCUUUCAUGGCUGUGAUGUGCCUCGUCCAGUUUCUGAAUGGCCUCGGUCUGGCUCUCGCCGCAUCACGCCAGGCGUGGGCUUUCUCUCGCGACGGCGCACUUCCUUUUUCCAAAUUCUUCUCCCACGUGAGUCGACGUGUACGAUACCAGCCAGUGCGCAUGAUAUGCGGCAUAGUUGUGGCGUGUAUCGUUCUUGGGUUGCUUUGUCUGAUCGACUCUGCCGCUGCUAACGCUCUUUUCUCACUAUUCGUUGCCAGCAACUAUCUAUCAUGGGGCACUCCCAUUUUCUGUAGGCUGGUUUGGGGCCAUGAUCGGUUUCAACCAGGCGAGUUUUACACAGGCUGUCUGAGCAAGCCCAUUUCAAGUGUGGCUGUUAUAUACCUCCUCUUCGGAGUUGUGCUGUCAAUGUUUCCCUCUGGAGGCCCCAAUCCUACCCCAUCGAGCAUGAACUACACUAUAGUCAUAAAUGGGGCUGUGUGGUUUGGCUGCAUGAUUUAUUACUUCCUUUUCGCGCGCCAGUGGUACACCGGGCCUCAAACGACUAUUGAUGAGAGUGAUUCUGCCUCAUCGGGCAAUUUUAUGAUCAACUCAGUAUCCCCAGCAUCCCACAUUGAUGGGCCAACUGCGGCCGGUCGCAAAAAUGAUUAA